AUGUGGAAUGUGUCUUCGCGGCGCGCCUCUCUAGCGCUCCGAGUCCAGGGGACGGGAUCGUCUCCGGACAUGUCUUCUCCCUGUGUGUUGCCUGAAGGCACAGCCUUUGUGCAGCGGUGGUCUCGCUGUGGAAGUGCUGCAGCUGCUGCAGCGGCAGCAGCAGCAGCAUCUACAGCUUCAACCACAGCAGCAGCUACUGGGUCCCCUCCGGGAUCUCCUGUAGGAUCUCCUGUAGGGAGUGGAGACGGCUCCAGCAGUGGGGGCGCCUGGGAUAGACGAUCGCAGAAGAGACCGUCGUUUGGUGCCUUCAGGGCUUUCUCUGCUGCAAAAGACUUCAGUAGGGUAGCAUGCCUUGCGUUUCCCGAGGAGGCAGCAAACGCGUCGUCUAGACUAGGGUACGCGCGGCUACAGCUACUGCUGGGCUAUGUGGUGCCGGAGAUCUUGGAGGAGGAGAGCUUCGCAGAAGAUGCAGAGAGCAGGGCUCAGGAGACUGCGGGAACACCUGAGGAAUCUCAGCCUGCGCUGCGUGUACCCUACAGGCCCUACAUUGUAGUGAGUCUGAACGGCCGCGACAUAUACCGAAGUGCGGUUCUGCGCUGCGACUCGACGAGCCCAAGUGCUUGUCUUCAAGGAGUUUGGAAUGAGAGGAUUGAGAUCCAGCUGCACCAGCCCUACAGCGUCUUGCGUCUAGCGCUGUAUGACAGAGACACUUCGACAUCUGCCUUAGGUGGCGAUGAAUUGUUGGGGGCUGCGGACUUUCAGCUCCAUCUUCUACUGCCACAGCGCAUUUACGACAUCACGACCGUAUUCGCACCGUUUGCUGUUCUCGAUGAAGGGGUCUUGUCCGGGAAGGAAGAGGCAUUCGUUGUGCUGCAGGGCAAUCGUUAUCUGCACCGUUCACAAGACACUCGGGCGAUAGUCAAAGAGACAUCUUGUGGAGUGUGCGGCGACCACGGUGGAAUCUGCAAGGACAGCAGCAACAGCUGCAACGGCGUGGACACAGAAGGGGCGUCGUUGUACACAAUCGAACUGGACGAAGAGGCGGUCGCGAAGGUCGUGCAGGAUCAGCUGCAGCAGCUGCAGCAACAGCAGCAGCAGAACCAAGGAGAGUUUGGGGGCUGUCGCAUGCGAUUGAUGCUACAGCUGCUGCCUCACAAGGCUUCGAAGUGCAGCACCAUCCCAUUACUUGAUGAGGUGUCAGCCUUGUUGCUCCCGACACCACAGGAGACUCAAGAGGCUGCGCUACCGCCACUCAACUUUCCCGCCGUUUGGAGCGACCUCCAGGAUGCCCACAGAAAGCUUGUUGAAGGGCCUUUGGGAGUGCUUGCUGCAGGGCUGUACGAUGCGGUGUACUGGGAGCGGCCGGCACUGAGCAUUGCGUGCCUCCUUGCGUUUGUCUUUUUGUGGAGGCGUCCCUGUUUUUUGCCAUCAGCUCUUCUGUUACUCUCAGGCCUGAUGUUGCUGAUUGUCUCCCUUAUUCAGAUGCCUCCGCCUCCCGAGGAGGCCAGUUCAGCUGGUCGGGCGGACAAUUCCACAGGAGCCACUGCAUCAUCUUCUUCCUCAGCAGCAGCCACGACGGCAGAAACGGGGCGUGAUGGAGACAGGGGAGUUACUCCUUUGGGGUCCCGGCAAAGAGGCCGUCCAGGGUCUCUAAAGGCCUUUGAAGUCAGUGAAUCAGAGAACUGCGCGGAGACAUCGUUGUUGCGGUCGCUGUUGUCUGCCGCAGUGCCGCCCUCGGUGCAGCUACGCGUACGGCAGUGCCACAUUGUAGGUGCGCUGUGGGUGUUGGGGGCGUGGGCGGGUGCUGAGCCUGCGAAGGCAUGCAGUAUCGCAAGCUACCUCGUUUUGGCGUCAGGCGAGUAUUGUUAUUCCGGUUCUUUCAGCCGCGUCCCGCAGCCUUAA